CUCCUUGAUUCCAGAUUCAGAAGCACCGACGACGACGAACGGGCCUUGCCAUCCGCCCGGCCUCUACCGUUACACUUUCGCUCAAUUGCAGUCUUCCACUCAGAAGCUCUGCCUCAUGAUCGACUAGGCCUCGAGAACUUUUGCACAAUGGCCAGACUCAGCCAAUUGAUCGCCGCGGCUGCGGCCCUGACGGCCGGGGUGGCAGCCGCGGGCGACGACGCCGUGCUGAGCAGCGAGGUUGGCCGCCUGAACAACCAGAGCCUGCUAUGGGGGCCGUACAAGCCGAAUCUAUACUUUGGUGUCCGGCCAAGACUCCCCGAGGGGCUGUGGUCGACGCUGAUGUGGAGUCGCAUGGAUGGCUACGAGGACGUCAAGGACGGCUUCCGGCUCACAUGUGAGCAAGGCGAGGAGAUGCGGGGCUACGGCUGGGACGAAUACGAUGCGAGAACCGGCGGCGUGCAGACGAUUCACGACGAGGGCAAUAAGCUUGACCUGACGACGUCCUUUGUCAAGGUGCCCGGCGGCAGCCACGGCGGCAGCUGGGCCGUCAGGAUCAAGGGCGAGCUGCGGGACGGCGCGCCAGAGGACCAGAAGACGACGGUGUACUACUACUUUGCGCAGGACGGCGAGGGCGACCUGCAAGUGGAGGGCGCGGGCACCGAGUUUGGCUUCGAAGGAGACGUGGCCCUCAAGGGCAACUCCAAGUCCCUCGGCGACUAUUCGAUUCUGGUGACCAAAGGCAAGGGCAAGCAUCCGUCGGUCGACCACGACCUGUCGACGAAACGGCACGGUGACACAACCGUGGUUGGGAGCCUGCAAUACGCGGACAACCUGUUGUGGCAGGCCAAGCCGAUCCUCUUCCAACAGCUCCAAAAGGCCGCUCAAUACGUCCAGGAGACGUAUGGCGACGCAGCUGCUCCGCCGCCGUGGCAGGUAUACCGGGUCGAUCAUGACCCUGGUCAAGGCAACGUGCACAUUAUCCAGAAGACGUUUGAGGGUCCGUUUGAGUUUGACGUCAUUUUCUCGUCGGGCUCGGCAGGCAAGGCACUCACGUCGGAGGAGCUCACCCACGAGAUCAAGAGGACCUCGGAGUCGUUUUCGCAGAGAUUCGGCAAGGUCUUUGAUUUGAAGGCUCCGUUCAAGGCGGACAAGUACCUGGCGUUGGGCAAGAGCAUGUUCUCCAACUUGCUGGGCGGCGUGGGCUACUUUUACGGCGAGCAGCUCAUUGAUCGGUCCUACGCCCCCGAGUACGACGAGGACAACGAGAACUUUUGGGUGGACGCCGCAGAGGCCAGGGGGCGCCGGGCGCAGAAGAUGGAGGGCCCGUAUGAGCUCUUCACCAGCAUCCCCUCGCGGCCCUUCUUCCCACGCGGGUUUCUGUGGGACGAGGGCUUCCACCUGGUGCCCAUUGCGGACUGGGACAUGGACCUGACGCUGGAGAUUAUCAAGAGCUGGUACAAGACCAUGGACGAUGACGGCUGGAUCCCCCGGGAGCAGAUCUUGGGGGCCGAGGCGCGGAGCAAGGUGCCCGAGGAGUUUCAGGUGCAGUACCCGCACUACGCCAACCCGCCAACGCUGUUCCUGGUCAUUGAGGGGUUCAUGGAGCGCUUGCGCAAGGCCAACGGCACGCAACGGGCGGAGAAGGAGACGCUUUCGCAAGACGAGACGCUCUACCGGGCGCAUCUGGAUAACGUGGAGCUUGGGGAGGAGUAUUUGCGAAAGCUGUACCCGCUCCUGCGACGGCAGUACGACUGGUUCCGGAAGACGCAAAAGGGCGACAUCAAGUCGUACGACAGGGAGGCUUUCUCGACAAAGGAAGCCUACCGGUGGCGAGGCCGGACGGAGACGCACUGCCUCACGAGCGGCCUGGAUGACUAUCCCCGACCGCAGCCGCCGCAUCCGGGCGAGCUGCACGUCGACCUCAUGUCGUGGGUCGGGCUCAUGACCAAGUCUCUCCUGAACAUUGCGGACGCGCUCGGCAUGGCCGAGGAAGUGGCAGAGCUCGAAAGGAACCUCGAGGCCAUUCGGCGCAACCUGCAGGACCUGCACUGGUCAGAGAAGGAGGGAUGCUUUUGCGACGCGACGAUUGACGAGUUUGAGGAGCACAAGCUGGUCUGCCACAAGGGAUACGUUUCAUUGUUCCCGUUCCUGGUCGGGCUGCUCAAGCCGGAUGAUCCGAAGCUGGGCAAGACGCUUGAGCUGCUGGGUGACGAGAGCCAUCUCUUUAGCGCGCACGGCAUCCGCAGCCUGAGCCAACAGGACGAGGGGUAUGGGGCCGGCGAGAACUACUGGCGCAGCCCGGUGUGGAUGCCGAUGAACUACAUGGCGGUGACGCAACUCUACAACGUUGCUACGCAAAAGGGGCCGUUCCAGGACAAGGCGCGGGAUCUAUACACGAGGCUGCGGCGGAACCUAGUAGAGACAGUGUACAAAAGCUGGGCGGAGACGGGGUUCGCAUGGGAGCAGUACAACCCGGAGACGGGGGCAGGCCAACGAACGAAGCACUUUACGGGCUGGACGAGCCUGGUGGUGAAGCUAAUGUCCAUGGAGGACCUGGCCGGCGGCCACGGACGAGACGAGCUCUGAUGGCGGGGGACCGGCAGCGGCGGCGGCGGCGGCGGCAUGUAACCACACGGGGCAGGGCAGGGCGGGCGGCUCAGCCGCCGUGUCCGAGAACGAGGGCGUGGACCAGAGUGAGAGGAAAAUGUAAGAUGAUGAUUCGAACUUGGAUGGCACGUGCGUGCGUGCGAUGCGAGGGGCAUGACACACAGAUGACGGGGCAGUCAAGUCAAAGGUCGGCGACCAGCAGGCUGUGUUACCUAACUACCGCCCUGUCAUACAUAUAUCCGUGUGCGACCUGGAAUCGGGCCAAAAAGGCACCGACCGCACUGCAGCAUCAUCAUACGAGAUGCAACAACAGCGGCGGUGGCGGCGGCAUCAGCAGCAACACGAGAAGGGGCCAGCGAGACAGAGAACUGUAGUAGUAGAUGUUGGUCCACGGUCAUGUUCUUGCAAUGUGUCUUGCCGGUGGGAAAAGUGCCGCCAAUCGGUGUGCCGGCAAAUCAGGGUGCAUUCGGCGGCGCCGCCUGCAAGGUACUGUAAAGUGAGGCGUGAAGAAAGGGUUAGGUACGGUGCGGUACGGGUACAGGUACGGUAUGAAAUAGUCGCC